AAAGGGUUUUUACACAGGAGAGUGUACGCACUCACACACGCACACACACACACACACACACACAACAUAGGUCAGUAUUUGGACAUAAAGUAGUUGAGCGGAAGAAGGCAGAUCACAGUUUGCUGUAUGAACAAUAAAGGCAAACAGCAAAUAGGUUUCACAAGACGGGUUUGUGUGUGUGUGUCAGGUGUGUCUGAGAGAAACAGCAGAAAGACCAGUUGGCGUGGAGGCAGCCAACAGACUAGUGUCACACACACAGAAAUGGAAAUCUACACACACACACAUUUAUAGUAAACAGUAUGUAUGGCAGAUCUAGAUACAUAAAGCAGUAAUUUCAAAGAGGGGAGAUUACUUGAUAGUUUGCCUAAUGAAGAGUAAAGGUGAGCAACAAAUAAUUUAAAAAGUUUGUUUUCUUUCAUGCAAUGUGAUUUUCUUUUUGUAUUAUGUGUGUCAGGAGUGUCAAAGAGAGAGUGUUUGAAACAGCAGAAAGGCCAGUUGAACAGCUACAAGCGUGGAGGCAGCCUGCGCAGCAGACCCAGAGUGAGCUACACAGAGGAAGAGGAGCCCAAAGAUGAAGAUUACCUCUACUGUGAGGACUGUGAGUCUUUCUACAUUGAUGAGUGUGGGGUCCAUGGCCCCCCUAACUUCAUCCCCGACACCCCAGCUCCUGUAGGGGUCCCAGACCGAGCUAGACUCACCCUGCCACCUGGACUGGUGGUCAGAGAGUCCAACAUCCCAAACGCAGGUCUGGGGGUGUUCAACCAGGGUCAGACGGUGCCCAAAAGGGCGCACUUUGGCCCCUAUGAGGGAGAGGUGACGGACAGGGACGAGGCCAUAGAGAGCGGAUACUCCUGGGUGACAUACAAGAGCCGACAUGUAGAUGAGUACAUAGACGCAAAGAGAGAAACUCACUCCAACUGGAUGAGGUAUGUGAACUGCGCUCGUGACGGUGAGGAGCAGAACCUGGUGGCGUUUCAGUACAGAGGGGGGAUUGUGUAUCGCUGCUGUAAGCCCAUCGCCCCUGGAGAGGAGCUGCUGGUCUGGUAUGGAGAGGACUACGCCAGAGACCUGGGCAUCACCUUCGACUACCUGUGGGACAUCAAGAGUAGCGCCAAAGAGGUGUCGGCGUCUCAGGUGUUCUCGUGCUCCUUGUGUCCGUUUUCCUACACGGCUCAAAUCUACCUCCAUAAGCACAUCAAGAGGAGCCACACGGACGAGUACGUGAGACUGCUGAGGUCUGGAGAGAUCAGACCAGAGACUUUGGCACCUUCCAGAAGCAGUGACCAACACACACAGAAACAUUUAACUGUGCCGUCCAGGUCAACAUCCAGUGAAGUCGCCCCUAACCCCUCUUCACAACAGGAAGGAGCGAAUGACAAGAGAAGUCACCACUGCACUCAGUGUGGCAAGACCUUUACUGGAAAGACAGAUCUCAAACUACACCAGCGCACUCACACAGGAGAGAGGCCGUACCACUGCACUCAGUGUGGCAAGAGCUUCACUGAUGGGGGAAAUCUCAAACUACACCAGCGCACUCACACAGGAGAGAGGCCGUACCACUGCACUCAGUGUGGCAAGAACUUUACUUCUACGGGUCAAUUAAAGACACACCGGUGCUCUCACACGAAAGAGCCCUAACCAUGCGCUUUGUGAAACAAGAACUUCAUCUCA